AUGGAGAGGCCCGGCGUGCUGGGGAAGGUCGCGGCACUGCGAAAAACAUUCAUUACAACGGCAUUGCCGAACUACGGCGGGCAUCACAACCUUAACGGUGAUGCCUCACCACGACUCCUACACCAUGGCUUGAACACUCCCGAGUGUAUGGCCACUACCGCGGCAUUGCUACAACACUACGCCUUUUUUUGGAGCACCGCGACACCGCCCCAAUACCACGCUGUUUUGUCCAGGGCCACGUAA